ACACGCGUUUCCAACUUCGGUUGGUGUGUGUCGAAGGAGGAGAAGAAGAAGAAUCCCGACUCCGACCCGAGGAAGCCAACCACCGGAGAAGGUCCACCGAGCGUCGCCGAGGUCCGCUGCGCGGUCCGCGGUCCGGAGAAUCUCCGGACCGCGGUCACCAGUGGACCUUCGCCCGGCCAGGUGUGAGACCCCAUCGCCCUUCCCGUCUUCGCAGAGGAGUCCUCGCGUGGUGAGUAUGCGGAACAGGAGGAGACGCCGACAACAGCGAGGGGCCCAGGGUCCUGGGCUUCCUCCCCAGAGUGAAGCGACACCUGGGAGGUCCCCUCCCGCCACCAUGGCUGCGGCAGGUGGUUCCGACUGCCCGCCCCCCCCUCCCCCCCCUCCCCCCAACGACAACAACAACAACAACAGACCCAGCAGCCCUGUGUCCAUCCUGGGCCGCCGCCGCCGCCGCCGCGCACAGCACAAUGGAGACAACGGCAACGGCGAGGACCAGUGGGAGGACCGCCGCCGGUACCACGUGUACUGGCUCCCGUCGGCCAACAACAGACUCCGCUACCUGCCCCAGGAGGAGGAGGAGCCAGAGCCGGAGCCGGAGCAAGUUCAGAUCCAGGUGCCCGGAGAGGGCGAAGAAGAAGAAGAAGAGCUCCAGGGUGCUACCGCAGCCCCUUCCCCGGCACUGCUGUUCGGCGACGACUGCCUCGACGACCUCCCCUUCAAGUUCGAUGGCAACGCCGAAAUGCUGAACCAGUUCCUGUCCCAGUGCCGGGCCUUCCUGGAGAAGGGCACCAGAGCUCUGGCCGACGAUCGAAGCCGGGUGUGCUUCGUGACAAGCAUGCUGAUCGGCCGCGCCGCCCGCUGGGCCACUGCCAAGCUGGACAGGUACACUUACCUGAUGCACAACUACGAGGCCUUCAUGCUGGAGCUGAAGCUUGUCUUUGAAGACCCUGAGAGGCGUGAAGCUGCCAAACGCCGGAUCAGACGUCUGCGCCAGGGCCCGGACUCGGUGGCCGACUACGGCAACGAAUUCCACAUGCUUGCCCUGGAGCUGGACUGGACUGAGCCUGCCCUCAUCGACCAGUUCCUCGAGGGCCUCAGCGACGCCAUGCACGAGGAGCUCGCCCACGAGGAGAUCCCAGACACCCUGACCGAGCUGAUCAACCUCUGCAUUUACAUCGAGAGAAGAAUGGCCCGUGACGCCGCCGCCGCCGCCGCCGCUGCCGCCGCCGUCGCAGCCGCCGCCUCAGCCGCCGCUGACGGGGAAUUUGAUGACGACACUGAAGAUGAAGAUGAUGACGACGCCCAGGCCGGAGCCGCCUCGUGCGAGGAGGGGGCCACAGCUCAAGCCGAGCAGACCGAUCCCACUGAGCCCGUGGGCGGCGCCCGCAUGCGCCUGUCCCAGGAGGAAAAAGAAAGACGGCGCAAACUGAACUUAUGCCUGUAUUGCGGCAGCGGAGGCCACUACGCGGAUAACUGUCCUGCGAAGGCCUCCAAGAAUGCGCCGCAGGGAAACUCCCCGGCCCCGCUGUAGAGGGACCUUCAGCGACCGGGCCGCAGCGAACAAGGUCCCCACCCCCCGAGGCUGUGACGACCCACUUUCAAGUGAUGCUCCAGAUCCAUAUCCCGGGGAGACAUACCCUGUUUGUCCGGGCUAUGAUUGAUUCUGGAGCAUCAGGAAACUUCAUCGAUCAAGACUACGUCAUCCAACACGGCAUUCCUCUGAGGAUCAAAGAAUGGCCAAUCAUGGUGGAAGCGAUUGAUGGGCAUCCUAUAGCCUCGGGCCCAAUUGUUCUGGAAACGCACCACCUGAUUGUGGACCUGGGUGACCACAGAGAAAUACUGUCUUUCGAUGUGACUCAGUCCCCGUUCUUUCCGAUUGUACUGGGAGUUCGUUGGCUGAGCACACACGACCCUCACAUUACCUGGAGCACGCGCUCCAUUGUCUUCAACUCUGAUUACUGCCGAUUUCGAUGCCGGAUGUACUCUCAGAUCCCUCCUGCUGUGCUGCUACCAGUCAUCUACCCACCGCACCCACCGUUCUUCUACCACACGGAUGGAUACCGAGUGUUCCACGUCCUCUACCCGGUGAGGUAUUACUACGUCCAUAACGUGUACACGCCUGUGGAUGAGCAUGUCUACCCUGGUCACCGGCUGGUUGACCCCCACAUCGAGAUGAUCCCUGGAGCGCACAGCAUCCCCAGCGGACACGUGUACUCAUUGUCUGAACCUGAAAUGGCUGCCCUGCGAGAAUUCGUGGACAGGAACGUGAAGAAUGGCCUCAUGACUCCCACCGUCGCUCCCAAUGGAGCCCAGGUCCUGCAAGUGAAGAGAGGGUGGAAACUCCAAGUCACCUACAGCAAUUGCAGAGCUCAACACCAGAGCUGCGCGGCUCAGCACAACAGCGCGGCCCAACAUGACAGUGCAACCCAACAUGACGACGAAGAAGACGACGACGACAACGGCGCGGCGCAACACGACGGCGCGGCUCCACAACACAACUGCAUGAUCCAAAAUCAGUACCACCGCAUGACUCUUCCAAACUUGGGGGACCACGCACACCUGGCAAGCUACGGUGAAUUUGUCCCUCAUAUUCCUGGAUACCACCCGAUUCCUGCCUAUGCUACCCUCGCAGGUCAUCACGUGACAUUUGCAUGGUACCCAGUGGGGCGAGAUAUACACGGAAGAAUGAUCCUCGUGCCUGUGGUGAUCACCUGGUGCCCACAUUGGCACCACCAUCACAUUCAUCCGGUACCUCAGUAUCCUCCCCCGCAGCCGCCGCCACCGCCGCCGCCGCCACCUCCACCACCUCCAUCCUACAGUUCCUUGUAAAUAACCUGUCGUGUCCCUUGGAGUCUCUACCCUCAAAUUCAUCCUGUGCAGCUUCUCAGUGACUGUGUGCUGCUGGAUCUUCAGGCCACCUGAGGCACAAAG